AUGGUACUCAAAUUGAGCAAGGCAUUGUACGGUCUUCGACAAGCACCACGCGCCUGGGACACGUGCCUGGAUCGGAGCUUGAAGCACCUUGGGUUCUCAAAGUGCGCACUGGAACAAUCCGUGUAUACGAGGGGAAAAGACCGCACCGGCGUCAUCACUAGAAUUUAUGUUGAUGAUCUAAUUGUAACAGGAGAGCAUUCGGAGGCAAUCGUUGCAUACAAGCAGCAGAUGAUGGCUGAGUUCGAGAUGAGUGACCUCGGCCUGCUCACCUAUUACCUUGGGAUUGAAGUGGCACAAAGCGAAGACGGUAUCCGGAUCAAGCAAACAGCCUAUGCCAAGAAGGUGUUAAUGCAAUUUGAUAUGCUUGAUUGUAAUCCCACAAAACUUCCCAUGGAUCCAAGGUCGCAGCUGCACAAGGAUCCCGAAGGACAGCCGGUGGAUGCAACAGAGUAUCGACGAAUCAUCAGAUGUCUGAGGUAUCUUCUCCACACAAUGCCAGAUCUUUCGUAUGCCGUCGGUGUAUCUAAUAGAUUCAUGGGGAGACCCACAGUGAUGCACCACAAGGCAGUGAAGCAGAUUUUGCGAUAUUUAAAAGGCACAAUCCACUUCGGUCUUGUAUAUACCAGAGGAAGAGGAGAAGAGGUAAUUGUCGGGUUCACGGAUAGUGACUUGGUGGGCGACGUCGAUGACCGGAAAAGCACCAGAGACAUGGCAUUCUAUGUAAAUGAAAGCCUAGUCUCAUGGAACUCGCAGAAGCAGAAGACCGUUGCUCUGUCUUCGUGCGAAGCUGAGUUCAUGGCGGCAACUGCAGCAACAUGUUAG